AUGCCAGCAACUCCAGAGACACGCGUCCCCACGAAGAAGCGUGCGUCUUCGAAAAUUCGCUCGUCUUUGAAUGCACAAUCCUCUUCAAGUACAAGCACACCGAGCCAAGAAAAACCAAAGUCAAUCCUCAGGCAUAGUGGCGAUCCAGAUCAAAAACAUAGGGUAAAGUUUACUGUCGGUUCGGAAAACGAUAAGCGUGAUGCAAGUUCAGAGCACCGACGGAGGCGUAAGGAACAGAAUGCAGAAGCAAUAAAGGGACUUCCCAAAGAGCAGCAGCGGCUGAUACUGAAGGGACAGGAACUAAUAGAUGCUCUGGCAAUGGCGAGGGAAAGAAACAAUAACUCAGACUCGGAAAAGGAAAAGGAAUAG